UCAAGCGUCUCUUACUGACGCCCAUCAUAUUCUGUGGUGGUUCUAAAAUUGUGAAAUGUGGCCACGUUUCAGGUGAACUAUAAAUACACAGUUCCUCGUGUUCAAAACAUCGAAUUAGAAGUCAGCCACAUAUCAAUAGGGACCUAUGACAUGUAACUACAGCAGGGUAAAAUGGGGCACGUCAAACGGUGCUAAGUGAUUUCACCCUUGGGAGCAAUGUGUGAGAGUGAAAAGUGAAAAAAUCGCCAAGUGACUGGGAAGUAGACAUAAAGGGCAUUAUUAUAAUUUCGUGGGGUGUGCGAGAUAAUUUUGUGUUUACUGCAAUGGACAGUGGUAGGUAGUCCAUGUCUGUGCAAGUGGUGGCAGCUCCCCCGCGGCCCGACAAGGCGGUCAUCCGACGGCAGAGAAGGAAAAUGUCCAUCAAGAGGAAGAGGGUCACUCCACCCAGCAGCCAGCAGCUUAGGAAUCUGCAGGCCAACGGGCUCUACGUCCACUCAAGCCCACCCAGAGUGCUACAGGUUAACCCUAGCAUAAUCCGACAAUGGUUACGAAGCGGAGACCUAGAGAAAUUGGAGUCUGUAGUGCUGGAGGGACAGGCACACAAACUUGUGGGCGAGUACUCCCCGGACGCCAAAGUAAGGGCCUACCUCAAGACGAUACCUGCCCUCAUGGCGAAGAUUGAAAUGCUACACGAGGCUGUGACAAAGGGGCAGCAGGAGGACAUGGAGAUGCUGCUGAAGGAGGAGAGGAACAAGAGGAUGGCCCUGUGCAAGGACCCCGCGGGAGUUCCCCUGCUGCACAAGGCUGUGUACUACGGCCACCUGGACAUCGUGAGCUGGCUGGUGGAGACCUACCCUCUCACAGUCAGCACCAAGGACAGGGAGGGAAGGACAGCCCUGUUCUACUGCUGCGUGCUGAAAGACCCCAAAGAGACGUGGGAACUACUGGAGAGGGCUGGCGCAGACCCCUCUGUCACAGAUUCACAAGCGCGCAUUGCGGCCUACUACAUAGACCAUCCCUCUGAGAUUGAACUGGCAGACACGAGGGACAUGAGCGGAUCCUUCCGGCGCUUCACUUCCGGCAAGGAUGGCACGUACCUCUCUCAUUAA